AUGAAUUUUCUUAAUUUUUCAACAACAAAAAACGAAACACACCUACAAGCUAUAACACAUCGAAAUCUUGCUGGUCAUCACAGUCAAAUCAAUACUUUAAAUGAUUCAGAUCAAAUGAUGAAUUCACCGUCAACAAUCAAUUGUACUAAAUGCAGUACGCCUGAAAUGGAACGUGCUGCCAAUUCCACCUGUAUAACUCGUAUCUCUGGUUCAGGGGAUAAUAUUGGCCCACGGAGUAGCAGUUUAAGCAGUGGUCGUGGAAGUAGUGAAGGGAUCGGAAGUCGUAGUGGUAGUGGUGGCAGUGGUGGAGCUGUUAGUCGUAGUAGUAGCAGUGGUCACGGCGGAGCGACUGCAAUGAUUCUCUGUCCAUCGUCGAGUGUGAACACUGCGAUACCACCGUCGAGUAGUUACAGUAGCUCGGGUAGUAAUUCUAGUACAGGGAGUAAUCCAUCGGCGUCUAAUGUCAGUGGUAUGGUGGAUCAUCUAGUGCCUGGACCUGGACCAAUUCUUCUUCCGCAUAAAUUAUCAUCAUUUGGAGUGUCUAACUCUUCCUUCUCCACGGUUGCGGCUUCCACCUCUGGAGAAAGUGUUAAUAUGGCUAAUUCAAUAUCCGAUUGUCAAACUGUUCACUCACAGCCUACUUUACCUCCUUUAGCACCUGCUCUUCAUAAUCAUCAUCAUCAGAUGUAUUCAGAAAGAGGAGGCGGUGGUACUCGUCAACCUCCGGCUUAUUAUUAUCAUGCUAAUGCAGCAGCAACAACAACUCAUCGAGGGAUUACAGAGUCUGGGAAUUCAGAUUAUGAAUCAAGAGCACUGGGAACAGACUCGUGUACAACUGCGAAUCGUCAAAUCAAUUCACGAAUCCCUUGGCGUCCACAUAUUCAUCAUCCUCCGCCACCGUUAUCACCUGGCCUACCAAGACGAUUUAUUGAUGGUGUCCUCCCGACUGACACUUCUGCGAAUCAUCCUCAUAAUAAUAAUAAUAGUAAUGUGAUACAAUAUUGUUCAUCAGGUCAAUCAUCUCCUUCACCGGCUGGUUCAGCUACACCUGUACCCACACCGAGACGUGAAUCACUCGCCGCUGGCGGCGGGGGUACCCCAUUGUCACAACGAAUUGCAAACUUACCUCUUGGUAGUAGUAAUAAUUAUAGUCAUUCAAUGAAUACUGGAAUAAAUCAUGAUCUAUGCGAUCGGACAGUUGUUACUAAUAAUAGUAUGAUCUAUCCGCCUCCAAUUGCUACACGUCCAGAGAAAACCAAGUCUAUAUACACUCAACCAAUUGCAGAAGGUAUCAACUUCACUGCAAACUGUACACACAGCGUCAAUAAUUCAUCCUCAUCGACAACACCAAAUAUCUGUGUUGUCCCUUCAUCACAUGAUAUCGGCGGCGGUGUUGUCAGCCGUAUUGGCAAUGCUAAUAUCCACGAUGAUGAUGAUGAUUAUUAUGAUGGUGAAGAGAAGACGGGAAGAAGCAGACGGCCACACGACAAUGCUUCAACGCAUCCUGUUCUAUUGGACUCUGUCAUUCCUAGUAGUGAUAGCAUUACAACCAGUAUUAGUAAUGGUAAGGCAUCUAUGACUAAUACUACAUCUUCCACAACAACGAAUACAACGACCAAUCCUCCUCCUCAUCAACAGCAACAUCAACAACCUUCUCAUCAUAUGAUGUCAAAAAGUACUACUUUGAGUAACAACAGUUCAACUGUCACUUCUACGACCAAUACUAAUACUAAUACUAUUAAUAGUAGUAAUAAUAGUUGCACAACCAAUACACUAGAACGUGUUAAUGUAAAUAAUAAAAAGUACAAAUCGAAAAUGACUGAUGAUAUGAUACAAGAAAAGUUAAGAAUGAUUGUUAGUAUUGGUGAUCCGAAUAGAAAAUAUCAAAGAUUAGAAAAAAUUGGUCAAGGUGCAUCUGGUGUUGUCUAUAGUGGAAUAGAAUCAGCAACUGGUCGACGUGUUGCCAUUAAACAAAUGAAUUUAAAGAAACAACCUAAAAAAGAGUUAAUUGUCAAUGAAAUUUAUGUUAUGAAAGUUAAAAAACAUCCAAAUGUUGUUAAUUACUUGGACAGUUAUCUUGUCGGUGAUGAACUGUGGGUAGUUAUGGAAUAUUUAGACGGUGGAUCAUUAACUGAAGUUGUCACGGAAACACUAAUGGAUGAAGGACAAAUUGCAGCUGUAUGCAGAGAGUGUUUACAAGCUUUAGAAUUUUUGCAUAAAAAUCAAGUCAUUCAUCGUGAUAUCAAAUCGGAUAAUAUUCUCUUAGGAUUAGAUGGUUCAGUGAAACUGACUGACUUCGGUUUUUGUGCUCAAUUAAGUCCAGAACAGACAAAACGUUCUACAAUGGUUGGUACACCGUAUUGGAUGGCCCCGGAGGUUGUAACACGGAAACAAUACGGACCAAAAGUUGAUAUCUGGUCACUUGGUAUUAUGGCUAUAGAAAUGAUUGAUGGUGAACCGCCAUAUUUAAAUGAAAAUCCUGUUCGGGCUCUUUAUUUAAUUGGAACAAACGGGAAACCAGAAAUUAAAGAACGCGAAAAAUUAAGCGCAGAGUUUUUAGACUUUCUCGAUCGUUGCCUUGAAGUCAAUGUAGAUUUACGUGCAUCUGCAUUUGAGCUACUUAAGCAUCCAUUUAUUGUUCGACGAGCUAAACCUCUGUCGUCAUUAACUCCACUUAUUUUGGUUGCAAGAGAUCAAGCUAGAAAUCAAACACAAUAAAGAGAAAUUGUAUGUAUGUAUGCGUGCAUGUGUGAGCGUGUGCGCGCGCGCGCGUGCGUGUGUAUAUACAUAUACAAUACUAAAACACUUUCCAAUUUAUCCUCAGAAUAUUGUUGGCAUGAAUUAUCCUAUCCAUGCGGUAUGUUGUAUCACACUGUUGUCUAUUCGACUACUACUCAGAGGCAGAGGGGCAUCACAUCACAGCACAAAUGCCAAACAAGACAGACGUACUACACACCAACCAACUGACUAACUAACAUAACCUAAUCUAACCAACCGACUUACUUACUUACUUUCAA